AGGUUCAAGUUCCUGCAAAACUGAACAUGUGGCUAUUGCUCUGACAUCGAUUGCACUGGUGAUAUCUUUGUGUUUAAAUGUUGUAUUCUGUUUAUUAAGAAGAAAGGGGAAAAAAUAUGCAGCUAAUGAAAACAUAUUUGAAUAUGGAGAUGAGCCAUUACGUCAAGAUUCACUUCGAUCUUACAGGUUUGAGGAUGAUGAGAUGGAAAGACAAGAAAAUCCUAUUUAUGGAAACAUCUGUUUAGAUGGAGGAGAACCUUUUGAAAUGUCUCCAGAGGUGUGCUAUGAAGAAAUGUCACAUGCAAGCACAGCAAAGAAGAGAUUAAAGGUCCAGCAGGGGGACGUGUCUUAUGCAUCUCUGGAUCUGACCGCCAAUAAAAAGCGCAGGAAGAAGAGAAAAUACCAGAAACAGCCUCAGACUCACCAGGCCCAGACUCAUCCUCAACCCACAUCCCAACAGAAUUGCAUGGACCAGGCUGAUAACGAGGCUGACGUCACCCUCCCGUCCCGGAGCAGCAGCCUCAUGGUUUCACGUCACAGUAUCUACCUCAACAGUCAUCAAGUAGCCCUGGAGGCAGAAGAGAGGGAGAGGGAGAGGGAAUGGGAGAGAGAGAGGGAGAGAGAAAGAGAGAAUGAAAUAGAAAGAGAUGAAAAUGAGUUUGACAUGCACAGAAAUGUGCAUGAAAGCUUUAAUCACUCCCUUGGUAGAUCAAGACAAAGUCUAGAACAGGACAGUUAACAGUUUGAGGGUUAAAAUAAUCUUUAGCAUCUUAAAUGAUAGAACACAGGAUAUUGUGGGGUGGUGCUGUCAACAGCUGUGAUAUUUAAAGCUCUUCGCUAAAGUACAUAGGCUACGUCACCCCCCCAAUUAUAUUUUCUGUGUGUUCAAAAGCAUGCAGAGACCAGCUAUUUGUUUUGAGGUUGUGUAUACUCGAGACACAUCUAAAUGAGUACACUUUAAAUGUGCUUUCUUGUUUCUUGCAUUUGAAGGUUGAUCUGUUCUACUUAUAGUAAGAAGAAUAUGUUACCAAAUAUUUAUCUGCUUGAUUUUUAAUACUAUGUUUUUUUUUUUUUUUUUUUUUUUUAGAUUUUCAGGAUAACAUACAAAUGUGUAUUUGAUUAAGUCACUAUGCACAGAAAAAUAAGGACUGUUUAAUAGCUAUUAUUCAGAGUUGUUGUAAUAUUUUUGUUUUGAUAUUAAAGGUCUUGGUGGUUCUAUUUUUGUAUCUGUAGGCUAAUUCUUUUUUUUUAAAGCUUUGUAGAAUGUCUGAAGAUGCAAAACAUAAAGCAUAAAAUACGUUAAAAUGUAUCAAAGCAAAAAAAGUAAGGAAAUAAAGAAAAGGGUUUCAAUUUUGCCCAUUUCACGCACAGACAUAAGGGACAGGAAAAAUGCAAAAGCACAAGCUCACUACACUAGCGAGGUGAGGACUUUUUGCAAAUUUCCGCCGCAACUAAUCAUGACGUUUGCGCCUGUAGUCACGUGACUCUAAACAUGGCCGCGCGCUGUUGAAAGUCAUGCGACAGCUCUUGGAAAUCGUUGCUUAUUUCUUCUCUUUCAAUUGUAAUUUAUUUGUAGUUAUAUAAACGUUUGUCUUGAUAUAUACGGCUAACAAUAUUGUCAUGGACCCCGCCGGACAGCUACGAAAUUUGCGGGACUUCCUGAUGGUUUACAAUCGCAUGACGGAAAUCUGCUUUCAGCGAUGCACAAGCAAUUUCAACUACAGAAAUCUGACAAUGGAUGAGGAGCGAUGUGCGGACAGUUGUGCUGGGAAGUUAAUAAGGACCAAUCACCGUUUAAUGGGCACGUAUGUGCAGCUGAUGCCUGCAAUGGUGCAGAAGCGAAUGCAAGAGAUGGAGAGCAAGGCUGCAGAAGUUGCUAAAGCUGAAGCUGCAGCACAAGGAGGUGCACCAGCAUUGGAAAACCUAUCUACUGCCAUCACAACCACAACACCAAUGCCUGAGAGCCCACAGAUACCUUCAGCUCCAGCAGAUAUUAGUACAUCAUUAGCGACAAAUGUCUCAGGUUUUGGACAAACUCAAUCAUUGUCAGAUGUGCCCACAGUACCAAACAACACACAGACCUUUACAAAUGAGUCUUUAGAAGGACUAGCAGCAUCAUCGCCAGUGAUCUCAACAUCUUCUAGUGUACCUAAAGUAGAUGGAGGUCCUGUCUUGAGUGCAGUAGAAAAACUCAAUCUGAAGCCCAGCAGUGUAAUGACCACAUCAGGUCUUGAAACACGGUCUGAAGGAGGAGCAGGACAGAGCCCCCAAAAUCCAUCUUGAUGGCGAUGUGCUGAGAACAUAUGUCUAGGAGAUUUUCUUUAUGUUGCAUAUUCAGUCUUAACAGUCAAAAGUCACAGAAGCCUUUUAAGAUUGUUGAAUAUGGAAUGGGUUUCAUAAAUAUUUAAAUACCUCUACUAAAACAGUGAAUAACUAUGUACUGCUGGCUAACAUGUGUCUUUUAAUAAAUAUGCGUCAUGGAAACUAAAGAAAAAAUGUU